AUGUCUAAGCUAAAUGAUGUUCACAACAUUCAUGUGAUUGAAUGUGUUAAGUCCUUAACACAAUCAACUCAACUUAAAUCCAUCCCUUCCCAUUACACAUUCAAGGCAAUAUCACCAGUUCCUUCGGUUGAAACCACGAUUCCAAUAGUCGAUUUUUCUUCGCUCAUCUCGACUGAUUCCCAUCAACAAUCUGAAGCUAUUCGAGGUCUUGCUAAAGCUUGUCAAGAUUGGGGCUUCUUCACGGUGAUUAAUCAUGGGAUCCCCGAUAGCUUAAUGAGUGCGAUAAUUGAUGCCACGACUAAAUUCUUCGAUCUAACUGAGGAGGAGAAGAAGGAGUUCGAGUCUGAAAAUGUAUUGAACCCCAUUAGGUAUGGUACAAGUUUUAAUCUAAAGGUGGACAAGGUACUAUUUUGGAGAGACUACCUCAAAGUUAUUGUUCAUCCUCAAUUUCACUUCCCAAGCAAACCCCAAGAUUUCAGUUUGCUUGCCCAGGAAUAUUGCAAGAGGACUCGUGAAAUGACAAGGGAAUUGAUGAGGGCAAUAUCUAUAAGCUUACAAUUAGAUCCCAACAUCUUCGACUACUCCCUCAAAUUGGAAAAAGAAAUGUUUCAAAUCUUCAUUGGAAACCUCUACCCGCCCUGUCCUGAGCCCGAGAUGGCGAUGGGGCUACCGCCACACUCCGACCAUGGCCUCCUCACUGUUCUCAUUCAAAAUCAAGUCGCCGGUCUCCAAAUUCUUCACGAUGGAAAGUGGGUCGGGGUAGGAGUUUCCCAACAUCCCAACUCUUUCUUAGUUAACGUUGGUGAUCACCUAGAGAUCUUAAGCAAUGGGAGAUACAAGAGUAUUGUUCAUCGAGCGACGGUGAAUAAUGCAAGCACUCGAAUAUCGAUUGCUAUCGCCCACGGGCCAUCUAUCGAUAGUGUGGUGAGUCCAAUAGAGGAGUUAGUGAUUGGUGACGAGGGUUCUUCGGAGUACAUGUCAAUGAGGUACGGGGACUAUAUAAAGCUCCAACAAGAGAACAAACUAGACCUUAAGACUUGUCUAGAUCGUGUUCGUGUGCAAGCUUUCAAUUAGCUAAUAUGCAUUCAUAUUGUAUAUAUUAAUGUUAAUGGAUAUGUAUUAUUAAGUCAUUUGGAGGGUGAAUUUAAAAUGGUAGUAUUAAUUUUUGGUUAAUAAAAAUCUUAAGCUAUUAAUACC